UGGUGAUUUUCAAAGAGGCUCCUAAUAACAAUAUUCACAGGUUUCCAUCAAGGACGACUGGUCGUGUUUUUAACCCUGUCAUUAGUGAUUUUUGCACUAAUUUAUCACUGUUGGAUCCUUUUAGGUCCCUUCACCUUCUUCAGUUGAUUCAUUCACCUGCUUUGAAUCUGAUCUGGUCUAAAAAGCCUCGAAUAGACCUUUGGUUGAUUCAGAACGUCUAUCUCCGUUCAUCUACCUGAAUUUUGUUGCUCCUUUUCAAUGCUAUGGAGACAAAUAAUGAAAAUUGUUCAUUUUUAGAUCAAGACUGAUCAGUUUAUUGUGGCAAUAUCAUAAAAAAAUACAGGAUAUUUGACAGAAAGAAGUGUUUUUCUGUGUCCAAACGUAUUCCUUAUAUGUUCAUAAUUUCCUGUAUCUUAUCUAAGUGCAUAUCAUUUGGCAUCUUUUGUUUCAUUGUCUAGAGGGGUAAAACUGUAUAAAUUCUGGAAUAAACUUUGGAGUAAGGACAGAAUUCGUCUAGAGGUAUUCUACGAGAACAGCGGGACAACUAUAUUGCCAAAAGUAUUCACUCCCCCAUCCAGUUGCUCCAGUCACUUCCAUGGCAACAGGUUUAUAAAAUCAUGCAGACUGGACCAACGUCAUAUUGAACCCUAUGGAUCAGGAAUGGGAUGUCACUUUAGUUCAUAUGCGAAUCGAGGCAGGUGAGCGAAUACCUUUGGCAAUAUAGUGUAAGACUAAACAAAAACAUCACAAGGUUGGUUAAAUGUGAUAAUUAAUAUGUAAGACUAUGACCAAAUAAAAAAUGGCUGCCAAAAUUAAUGCUUCUGUACAGUUGAUGUAUUUCUAUAUUUUAUCUCGUAUAAUCCUGUUGCUAAAAUGUCAAGUUUUCCUUGACUAAAACUAGACUAAAUGUUGAGGCUUUUAGUCACCUAAAACUAAAUAGGACAAAGUUGACUAAAGACUAAAACUAAAACUAGAAGACUAAAUGAACACUAAAGCAAACUCAGCUGGACAUCGCUGCACUGAAGCGGCCAAAAUGGACCACUGCCACAAAGAGUCAUCCUUCAGCUGCAGAACUGAUCGAACGAGCCUGCAGUUUAAUGCCAGAAGCGCCAGAGAGGUACUCUCUAGUGUGCUUUCACUACUUAUGAUUAGUCACAAACGACUCGGAUCAACCCUCCCAAAACGACGUGGUCAGCUUGGUCAGUUAGAUGAGAGGAGCUGUACCAUGAAGGACGUUCAGCCCGCCUGUGUGUCUGUGCUCUUCUUCUUCUGUAAGGGUCUGAUCGAGGCGUUUCUUCUGUUCAUCUUCACCUGGAUGCUCCUCCAGAUCCUCUUCAGCAAACAACACCUGGAAGUGCAUCUUCAAAUCUUAUUGGCCGUGGGCCUGGCCGUUCUCUGUUUCUGCCUGGUGAUUGGCUGCAUCGUCUGCUGCUGGCAUCAGAAGCCCCGCCCCCUGGAGGACAAAGAGGCGGGGCUUUCCUUACCCCCUCUACCUGCAGAUCACGUGACGGUGACUCUAAGCCCCUCCCCUUCCAUCAACACUCUGCCAAUCAAGCAGCAGUACGAAGAGCUGGACGGAGACGUUCUGGACUAUCCCUCAUUCAACAGCAGCUCGACUCCGUCAGAAGAUGAUCUUUCUCUACCCGCUCCUCCUCCGAAGUCUCGCUUCACCCUACGGCGGCUCAGCUCCCCCGCGGUUCCCUACAAAGCCUCUAAACCUGUCCGCAGUCGUUCCUCGCUCCCAAGCAUUCCCAAACUCAGCCUGGUUGGGAAGUCACGCCGGGCAAUUGAUCGUAAAAGCAGCGAUAAUAUUUCAGAAAGCAGCAAGCUUGGCUCCGAGAGCGGCCGAUAUUACGGCUCUGGCUCUCACAAAAGCACACCUUCCCUUCACUUCACCCUUCACUACUCUCCAGCGGAGGGCAGACUCACCGUCACCGUUCUGGGUCUGUACCGAGGCUCUAGGAAACUAAGCGGGACCUCGGUGAAGGCCUGUCUGUCUCCGACGCGCCUCGCACCGAUUCUGGCCGGCCCUAAGCGCAGACACAGCCUAGGUCCGGAGGCCCCGGCGCAGGUCUUCCAGCUUCAGGUGAGGUCGGCCGAGGAGCUCCAGUCCUGUACCCUCAGACUGACCGUGUCCAGCAGGGAUUUCUCCGGUCUGAGGGAGACGGCUUUGGGCGACCUCGAACUUCCAUGUGCUGAAAUCCAUUGGGAACCCGACUGCACUGUCACCUUUAAUCGGCAACUCAACCCCGCGAGAAGGAGGCUGAGGAAGAGUCAGAGUUCCCAAGAUGCACUGGGUGACGCCAGGGCUUCUGUUUGUCCGGUGCGGUUUCUGGGUCAGAUCUUGAUUCUGCUGCAGUAUCAGACACUGGCUCAUCGCAUGAAGGUGAUGGUGAGGAAAGCCGAGAACCUGCCCAAACUCACCAGGAUUCCUGGCACUCCAGAUCACUAUGUUGUCAUCAACCUGCGUCAAGACGGUGAAGUCAUCAGCACUAAGGAGACGAAGGGCGCCGGCGGAGCGAACGCGGUUUGGAACGCACCCUUUCUCUUCGAUCUACCGCCUGGUGAUAUUAGCAGACUACCCCUGCUCCUGGAGAUCAUCGUGAUGCAGGGACGGCUGUACACAAAGAGUUGCGUUCUGGGCUGUGUUCUGAUUGGCUGCGGAGGUUCUGAGGCAGGAAGUCAGCACUGGAGUGAGAUGUGCAGCCGGGCUCAGGUGGAGACGGCGUUCUGGCAUGAACUCCAACCAAGCUCCUCGUAGGCCGGCAGGGCUUGAGUGACACGCCCCCCAACCAAUCGGAUCGCUCGCUGCUGUGCUUCUUGUUUCUUCGUGGAUUUCUGAAUGGAACUGUGAAACCUGGUUUGAGAAGUUUGUGCUGAACUUGUUUGCAAAUAUCUCUAACGUACGGCAUCAUUGCAGGGUGUUUUUAUGGCUCGUUAACUUAAACAUCAGAUGCUGCUUUUGCACUAUAUCGUGAACUGAUCAGUGUUGUUGCUGCUGUUGACUCAAGUUUUUGGUAAAUUAAAUAAAUAUAGAUCAAAUCAGAUUUAUUUGUAUAUAGCGCUUUGAUUCAAUUCAACUCACAUUUAUAUGUAUAGCUCUUUUCAUUAUACGAAUCAUUGCAAAGCAGCUUUACAGAUCAUUUUCAUUUCUACAUUACAUUUUGGAGUAGCUUAUCUAAUAUAAAAAUACACCUAAAAUAAAAAACAAAAUAUAAGAUGGAUAGACUUUUUUAAUUAAUAAUAUGUUAUAAUAAAUGAAUACACUUUUUAGUACAUUAAAAAUGUUACUAAAACCAAAAUAAUAUAUUAAAGUAAAAAAAGUAAAAAAAAUACAACUAUAUUGUAUUUUCAACUAUAUGGUACUUUAAAAGUACAAUAUAGCAAUAAGAUUAAUAUUUAGUGCUAAUUAAAUGAUUAGUCGAGAUUAAUCAUAUCUAAAAUAAGUUUUGUUUACAUAUGUCUGUGUGCUGUGUACAUUGACACAAGCGUGUAUGUAUUUAAUAAAAAUAUAACAUAUAUUUACAUACCAUAUAAAAUGUAUAUUUUCAAAAUAUAUAUACUUUACGAAUGUAUAUUUCUAUAUACAUAAUAAAUAUACACAGCACAUACCAUGAAAACAAAAGUUUUAUUUUGGAUUCAGUAAUUGUUUGAGAGUAUUAAAACUAUUACAUAAAUAAUUUUGAAUUUUUGUGUUGUUUACAGCUAAAAUUAAUGUUCUCAUUCAAAAUGCACAACUGACUCGUGAUUUUGUGUUUUUUGCACUUUAUGGUCCUGUUUCAUGUUUGCUUUACUAGUUUAUUGCUUUAUUUCUCACGUUAUGAAAUGCAUGAAACGCGGGCGAUGGUUUGAAAGGCGAGCCAGAAGAUGCGGUUAGGAAGAAUUCAAUGACUCCAGCUAUUUUUAAACCACAAACGCUCACCGGAGUGCAAAGGAAACCCACAGACUGCAUUUCAAUGCGAUUCCAUUCAGCAGAACGGCUUUAUUAUGUGUGCGUGUCUGUGUUUUCCUGCACUGGGUCGAUGAUAGUUCAGUGCGCGGACGCAAGUUUGCUGUUUUCAGAUGAAUUUAUAUCAACAUGCGCUAAAACGAAACGCAGAAGGGAAAUGAUUCAUGAUGACAUAUGAUGAGCUAAAGCUCAAGGUUCAAAACAAAUAAGACUGAUGAAAUACAUAUUUUAUGCUACUGCUAUUACAAUCACUACUUGUGUGUUUUAUGUUUGUCCAUGUAAAAAAAAAAGUUGUAAAUAAUGUUGAAUUUUCUGAAAAGCUGACUUGCAUUGGUUUGCGUGGUUGAACUGAAUCAAUGCGGCUCAUGUAAGUUUCACAAUAACUGCACUGAUGUGAACAACAAUGUCUUUUUAGUUGAUGAUGAUGAUGAUGAUGAUGAAGCCAAAGAACAGUAUUUCGAUCUGAUCUCACUGCUGUCCUCUGGAGGUGGGAUUUCUAUCUCCAGCAUUUCUGUCCUUCCUGUUUCCCUUUUCCUCGACUCAAAGUAGUAACUUUAAGUAAAAAGAAAAUGUGGUUUGAUGCACCUUUUAACUGUUUGUUAGCCGUUUUUAAAGCAUGUUUAUGUUGUGUCAUCAUGGGUGUAGAUGUACUUCAUUAAAAUGUUUACGCUGA